CUCGGUGUUGACUGGAAGGAACUGCAGGCCAGCCUGUUGCGCACUUGGCGGCACACACAGACAGAGCGCACCACAGCUGCGUGGAUGGACGGAGCCACUAAAGGACUUCCCUUAUAGGCGAUUUUACUUGGAUGCUUAUCGGGUCGGCUUUUCUCUUGGUUUAACAAGGGCUUAUUACAACGUGCAACCUCUUAGCGGAUACAGCCUUUACGCAUCCCAGGAGCCGGGGCAGACGGGACUCUCGAGACUGUCAACAGCAGGGAGCAACAGAAGGACAAGGGCCAUAAAAACCAGGAUCUGUGUCUGCUGGCAUGUUCUGGAGAUGCUCAAAGAUGAAAUGAAGACCUGAGGCUCCACAUCCCAUGUGUGUCCCACUGAACAGACACACUGAAGAGUUGCAAACGACAGAGUUGUGUAGGUUGUCGAUCCUGUGUGUGUGCAUUAACAUUAAAGCACUGUGGAGCUGAGGACUUAAGCGCAAGACUAUGGUCCAACUGUCCAACUCAGUCUACCUGCUGGGAGGCCUUUUUGGCCUGUUCCUGCUAUCGCCUGUUCUGAUGGCCCCAACACCAGCCAGCAUGUGCACGCCCUUGAAGACGCUCAAUGACAGCCUUAGCCACAGGCGACGGUACAUGAAGCACAACUUCCCCAUCAACUACACCAUCAGGGUUCAUCGUGAGGAAGUCUUUAAAGUUUCAAGCAUCAACAGAAUGAGGUUACAGGAGGACGGGCUGGAUGAGCUGAUUCUCCAGAGGUUGUGGUUCCAGGUCAACCAAGGCGUGUUAAAAAAGAUCAUCAGGGUUAUGCCAGAGAGACAUCCUUCACGUCCAUACACCGCUGAGUUGGAAAGUCGCUUCAGGGAUGCGGAGGGCGUCUUUGUACAGUCACAUCCAGCUGAGGUGUUCCAGCAGGAGCUUCCAGAGUCUGUCCAGGAUACUUGGGAUAAUUUAACAGAAGAGCCUGACAGAGUGCCAGAGUCCAGCUGGCGAUAUGUUUCCCCGAAAUCCCUCCUGGACAACUUCUGCCAAACCAUGCACUGCCUCUUCAGCGAGUGCUUUGCCGGCACAGAAGCACCACAGGACUACUGCGAUGUUUCCUAUUGGAGGAAAGGCAGGAAGAAAGACUUACAUCCUGAAAGCUGAGAAGAGGCCAGCGGGGGGAAGUCGUCCCUAUUGGCACUGAUAGGGGAUUGGUAUCAUUGUCUCCCUUGAACGAUAGGGAGAGGGAUAAAAGGACAAUCCACACGGAAACAAGAAAGUUCAGUCCUGAUUUGUGAACAUCAAUAAGUCUUUCCCAAAUCUACCAAACAGAGCUAAGAUUGUCUUGGAGACACAAACACUGGCAACAUCAGCCAAAGCAAACUGAUAUUGCAGGUAUGGCGACAGUAUUCAUUGUGAUUUUCAUGAGCAUAGGACUUUUUGCUAAAAUGAAAUAACGCUCAUUUGGGAGUAAAAACUCCAAUUCAGAUUUUCCAAUUCUCUGUCACUCAGGAAGUGUAGAGUUCUUGUCUUGUGAUGGCAGCUCAGGUUGAUGCUUUGAUACUUGGGUUUCAAGGUUUGGAAGAGAUUUGUUCAUGUUCACAUAUAUGGGCUUAACUGAUCAUCAAAUUGAUGUCACCGUGACUUUGCCUAACCUCUGCCCAAAAAGCCUGUGUUGCGCUCCAGUGGACCUGCAUGGUUCACCUCAGAGACCAACAAGAAGCAGCAAGAGACUACACAUCGGAGUGUUAUUAUAUUGAGAAACUCCAGCAGACUUUGUAUCAUAGCCAGACUUGUCCUCUACGAAUGCCUCUUUCGAACUUCAACGAGAUACAGCAAGAGCAAUGUACAUGAACUGAACUUCAAACCUACAGGCAAACUGCUAACUACUGUUUUUUGCCCUCUUCAGUUGUUGACUAUGCAUUUCCAACACAUUCAAUUUGUCAAAAAAACAAAAACAAAAAAAACCAGCUUGGUCUGUGGCGCUAUGCUUAAAAAUAUGAUGCUCUAGGUACCCCUCUAGCAUCAGCUUUGGACAUUCAGGGACAAGGUGUCAAUGUCUGCCAGUGUCCUUUCAAAUUAAACUUACAUGUUUCCAGGACCUGUCACUAAAACUACUUUAGGUUUAGGCAACAAAACAGCUUGACAAGGUUUAGAAAAAAGAUCAUGGUUUCACUUAGUGACGUAUGUCAUGUGACGUUAAUUAUGUAACGUAGUUAAAAAUUCAAAGUUGACUUUUGGUUUCACAUGGGACACGAACAGUGGUCUCCUGGGUGAAAGUCCUGUUUGUUGGACCCAUCCAGCACCCCUCCUUCCCUUUCUUGCUUUUUAUACUAUGCCUUUGGGGAUGGGCUUACAUUUGAUGUAGUUGAAAGCCUGUGGUAUUUCUUACAGACGCUCAAGGGUGCCUUUUGUGUCAGAAUCAGACAGCAACUGCAGCUGACCAAGCUGCCAUACUUAAUACCCUGGUAGGGCUGGGCGAUAUGGAGAAAAUCAAAUAUCAUGAUAUUUUUGACCAAAUACUUCGAUAUUAAUAUUGCAAAGAUAUUGUAGGAUGGUUGCUUUCACAAAAUAUUUACACAAUAAUAUUUUUGAUAAAUAAUCGUCAAAGGCCAAAAUAGAACAGCUAGAGCAGUCUGUUAAUUCCAGAAUAUUAUAUCAUUUUACUGUAAUGCAGCCUUUAAACCACCAAUACCUAAGACGAUAUCUAGUCUCAUAUCACAAUAUUAAUAUAAUAUCAAUAUAUUCCCCAGUCCUGCACCUUGGGAAUGAGAACGGGCUGGCACUUAUUUUUAGAUCUGCACCAGCCCACAUAUUUCAAAAGCUGUCAAAACAAGUUUGUUCAUUUUUGCUCAAUUUCAUGUAUUUCUUUUUAUAUAUUUAUCAUGCAUAAAGAGAGACAGUGAAAUCCCAACAAACAACAACAUACAAUCAUCUCUCUCCAUCCAAGGUAUGCAUUUUUAUACUUACUGUAGAUCUGUUAUGUAAUUGUUUUUUUGUUUUUUUUGGGUUUUUUUUGUAAAGGCAACUAUUGAAUAUUUUGAUAACCCAAUUAAAUGUGUAAAGCUUAAAGAGUGACCAUCAGCAUUUCAAAUAUGAAGUAACAUCAUAGUCCCAAAGCUAUAUUAUCUAAAUAUAUUAUCUAAAAAAUAGUUAGCUACAUGGAAUACAAGUUACUGAGAAUGUGCAAGUUGAUAGGAUACAUUUCAUUAGAGUAAACAAAAUUGGCAUCCCAGGCUGGUUUGGGUAUAUUUAGUUUCAGAAUUUUAGCUCUGUACAUGCUGUAAUAAAAGCUGUAAAAGUCUAGCCUAAAACUUGCAGACAUUACAAGUAUGUAAUAGCUAUUGUCAACAUUGGAAUCUUUAACACUUUUCAAAUUUUAGUUUUACCCAAUGACAAAUUCUGACUAAGAUUUUGCUUAAAAGCAAAGCAGUAUCUCCUGUCAGUGUUUUCUGUCUGAGAUUGCCUCUCAGGUUGUGUCAGCUUUACGUUAUAUUUCUUUCCACUUAUGCGAUUCAGCUCAAGGCUAUCUUGUCGCUGUUAAAUUAAAUGCAUUAAAUGUCCAGUUUUGAGAAAUUAAGACAUAUAAUUCAUCCAUAAAUAUCACAGAGGUCAAACUUUAGUUUAAUAGGUACUUAUGAGGCUCAACAUAUAAAGGACAAUGCACAUCUAUGAAAAAAAUUUAAAAAUGAAGACAUGAGUAGGCCUAAUGCUUUGGGCAUAUUCAGCACACUGAGGGCCUUAGGGUUGCUUUUUCAUGACUGAGGCAUAGACAGGGGCUCACGAUCAUUUGCUCACCACUUCAUGCAGUCACCAUUUUUCUAUAGAGCUUGAUCAGACCUGGUAUUACCAUGCAUCUUGAGUGGUCAAAAAAUUGGACAACUGUAAGUCUUUAAUGACAGAGUCAAGCUGUGUCACUGUUGGUGGGAGUUUGCUGGGAGCACUUAACAGCUGCUGCUGCUGCUGUGUAGCUCAUGCUAACUGGGCAGACAUUGAACUGACCGUUCGCUGGGAGUAGGAUGGCUCCAGAGAUAGUCCCUCUGCUCUGUGUUUGUGUAAAAGAACCAUCAAUUCUUUUCUUAUCCAGUGGAGCGUCAGAUACGCACGUACAUCAGCUCAAUAGCUGGUCCUAUAGUGUGGCCCAGGACACAUUGGCGUACAAGCUGAAAAAAAUGUAGAACGUAGAACUUAGUCUGCAGUUACAGAAAGUAGGGAGUUGGAUAAGCAAGUAUGUCAGCUGAAUAAGCAGUCCAUUGAUGUGUCUCAUGACACAAGAGCACUCACACACUGCUUAAAGAAUGUGACCAUAUGAAGUUCGGACCACUUCUGAAUAUGGUCUUAGCUGUUAGAUCUCUAGAAGCAUUGAGUACGCAUUGGGUGCAUUCACACUUGUACCUAGAGCAUUCCACUUUUGAUCCAAUCACCCAAGAUGAAUGUUAAUACCAGGUGUUAAUAAGGCCUAAGACUCAUGUUUUUGCAUGCGUGAAUUGCAGUGAUGGUGACUUUUAUCUUGAUGCAUCUGGUCCACUGCCUACAAAUCCUGACUUGCUGGUUUAGUCAGUUUAUGAUUUAACAUUUUCUUAUUCCUUCAUUACUUUUUGGGCUAACUGUGUUUAUUAUAAUAGUGCAUUUCUCAUGUAGCGCAUUUCUCAUGCAGCUUAUAACAGAGUUGUUUUCAAAAAUGCUCAAAAUCCUGUACAAAUAGAAGAAUUAGUUAUCUUUCAAAUUAGCAAUCAAGAAUAGUCAUUAUUUUGGUUUGAAUUUAAAUUAAACCCCAUUUUAACUGCUGUGUGUUAUGAUUUACGUGUUAACCAAAAAUGAAAGGAGGUAUCAGAAAUGUAAUUUGCAUUACAUGAAAUGGUACUCAUGCUACACACUUCCACUCAUAACUUCAGGUAUUUGUCUUAUAGAAAGUUUAGUUACUCCAAAGACUGCACAAAGUAUUUGUGAAAGCUGACAAUGUGUAAGAAAGUUAUAGUGUCAGUUCAUGUGUUCACUCCUUUCUUCUCAUAUAACAUCUUCAAGUCUUGCAAGCCUAUUUGUGUCACUCUUCAGGAGGAGAAUGAUGUUUAAAGUUUAUGUUAUAUGCACAGCAAUGGGAUGAGCCUGAGUCUGAAAGAAACUUUAACUAGAACAGCUUUAAUGAUGUAAUAAAUAAAUGGUAACUGCAAAUACAGAAAGUGUAUUAUUAUAUUAUACUUAAUCCAUCAUAUAUAACUGUAUGGUUGUCUUUUUGUUACCAUAAGACCAUUUUAAGAUGUAUUCAAGAUUCCCUUAUUGUCAUCAUAAAGUGAUAUUUCCCAAAGCUGACUGGCAACAACAGAGAGAUAACUGCAAACACAUGGCUGGUUGUUGUCUGUGGUCUUUAGAAACAGAUUUUUUUAUACACAAGAUAUUGAAUUUAUUUAUUUUUUUUGGAAAUGUAUAAUGCUAUGUGACAAUACUUUAAUGAAAGAAAUAAAAAUGAAAUAGCUA